AUGUUUCAGGGCUUAAUCGCAGGUCUCCUCCUCCUGGUGUACUUUAUCUGCAGAGCAUUCUGGAAACAGCACAGACGACUCGCCCCGUUUCCUCCAGGUCCACCUGCGGAUCCAUUGAUCGGAAAUGUCCGGUCCUUUCCUGCGCACGACGCGCCCCUAGGUCUCAUGGAAUUGGCCAAGAAAUAUGGCGAUGUAAUGUACUUCAACAUCCUAGGAAAACAUCUUGUAGUUCUGAGCAGCCAAGAAGCUGCGUCAGACCUACUGGAGAAGCGGAGUGCAAUAUAUAGUAGUCGUCCACGCUCCAUUGUCCAUGAGAUGAUUGGAUGGGAUGACAUGCUUGGAUUUCUGCCGUACGGGGAAGACUUUAUCAAGCAGCGCAAGUUCUUUCAGCAGGCCUUCUCGAGACAAGGCUGUGGUGCAUUUCGCCCGAGUCAGCUGUCUCAGGCUCGUAUACUCCUGAAGAAGGUUCUGCAAAACCCCGAGCGUUACGAGGAUCAUAUACGACAGUUUUCCGCUGCAGUCAUCAUGGAGAUAACAUAUGGACACAGAGUCUCAUCGGAUGAUGACCCUUACAUCGGCAUGGCAGAGGGAAUGAGCAGAAUUAUCGUGGAGUCGGGUCAUUCUCUGUCUAUCAUUGACUUCUUCCCCUCACUCAGAUACUUGCCGAGCUGGUUUCCGGGGAAUUGGUUAGGCCGCUUCGCGAAGGGUGCGCUGUCCUCCAUAUUAUUCGUCCUUCUGCUCUCCAUGAACAUUCUGCUAGAUGCAGCACCGUUUCUUAAGAAUAUUCGGGACGUGCCGUUCGAGCAAGUGCGUCAACAGAUGGUCACUGGAACUGCCACCCCAAGCUUCACGUCGAAGCAGAUUGAGGAACUAGAACAAAAUGGGGGAGCAAGCCCUGAAGAUUUGCAGAUCUUGAAGGCUGCCGCGUUGCAGAUGUACGCGGCUGGAGCAGAUACAACAUGGUCAACACUCAUGAAUAUCGUUGCGAUGCUGUUUAUAUACCCUAACGUCCAGCGUCAGGUGCAGGACGAGCUGGACAGUGUUAUCGGCGGAAAGAGGCUACCCGACUUCGAUGACCGCGAGCCACUUCCUUAUCUGGAGGCCGUCAUACAUGAGACGAUGAGAUGGCAUCCGACUACCCCGUUCAAUUUACCGCAUAGUAGUACCACGGACGAUAUCUAUCGUGGCAUGUACAUCCCCAAGGGCACUACUGUCCUUGCCAACAGCACCGCAAUGUCUAUGAACGAUAAAGUGUAUAGCAAUCCUACUGUGUUCCGGCCGGAACGUUUCCUCUCUCCUGAGUCAGAGCCACUGCCAGUAGGCAUCGGCUUUGGCUGGGGACGCAGAAUAUGCCCGGGACGACUUCUGGCCGACGCCAGCGUUUGGAUCGUCGCUGCCUCGUUCCUCACCGUCUUCGAGGUCGUACCCGCGAAAGAUGCCAAGGGACUAGACAUCAACCCGGAGAUUAAGUGGCUCUCUGGUAUUACAAGUCAUCCCGCGCCGUUCCCAUGCGUGAUACGCCCGCGUUCAGGCCAUGCGUCGCAGCUGGUCACUCGGCUCUGA